AUGUCGGGACUCCUUCGAAGGGCCGGCUUCAAGUCCAAUGUGGACAGUGACAAACCACGGGCGACGUCUGCGACCGGCAGUACCACAGUGACUGAUGGCGACUUGAAGUUUGUUGGAGAGCAGGGCGGUAACAGCGCGACCGUCGCAUACCAGGAGGCCAGCGGCGCACCUGUCGAGACAGACUCGCCGUUGGGAUACAAUGUUGGGCCGAUUACUAUCCUCUUCUUGAACCUCAGCAGAAUGGUCGGCACCGGCAUCUUUUCCACUCCGUCUACCAUCCUCCGAGGAACGGGAUCCGUUGGACUGAGUCUCAUCUUCUGGGCACUCGGCUACUUCAUCUCGCUCUCCACACUUUCCGUCUAUCUGGAGUACGCCGCCUACUUCCCCAGUCGUUCCGGUUCCGAGGUCGCAUAUCUGGAGCAAGCAUACCCACGUCCCAAGUGGUUCUUCCCAAGCACGUUCGCAAUCCUCAACGUCCUGCUCUCCUUCCGAAGCAGCAACGCCAUCGUCAUGGCGCAGUAUCUUUUUGCGAUUGGCGGCCACACUCCAACGGAAUGGCAAUCGAAGGGUCUCGCUGUGGCUUGUUACACACUGGCCGUGGUGUUCGUGCUCUUCAACACCAAGUUCUCUUUCGCCGUCUCGAACGCGAUUGGCGGGAUUAAGCUUCUGACCUUGAUCUUCGUCUCCAUUCUCGGCCUGGUCGUGCUGGGUGGCCAUACCAGAGUCGAAGAUCCAGGCGCCAAUUUCCGCAACGCUUUUGAGGGAGAGACCACGCCGUACGGACUCACGAGCUCAUUGUACAAGAUCAUCUUUUCCUAUGUUGGCUUCGAGAACGCUUUCAACGUCGUCAAUGAAGUCAAGGACCCUGUGAAAAGCAUCCGAAAUAGCGGCUUCGGCGCUCUGACUAUGACGGCGGUCCUAUACAUCCUCUGCAACAUUGCUUUCUUUGCUGCCAUCCCCAAGUUGCAGAUCGAGAAAGGAAAGCAGAUCGUCGCCAGCUACUUCUUCACCUCCAUCUUCGGCUCUGGGAACAAAGCCGUGCGUGGUUUCAACAUCCUCAUCGCACUCAGCUCUUUCGGGAACUUGAUCGCCGUCCUCCUCGGUAGCUCCCGCAUGCUUCGAGAGUGUGGACGGCAAGGCGUGCUUCCAUUCUCCAGAUUCUGGGCGUCCACCAAACCUUUCGGUACCCCAGCCGGACCAUAUCUCGUCAUCUGGGCAACCACCAUCUUGGUCAUCGUGGCCGUCCCAUCGGGUGAUGCCUUCAGCUUCAUCGUCGACCUAGCAAUCUAUCCCGCAGCAGUCUUCGCCUUCGCAAUGGGCAUCGGCCUCAUCCUCCUCCGUCGCAAACGCGCCCGUUUCAACCUCCCCGAACCAACCUUCAAAGUCUAUACCAUAGUCCUCUACUUCAACAUCCUCGUCAUGGUCUACACGCUCGUCAUGCCAUGGUAUCCUCCCGGCAAAGGUCGCGGCGACGUCAGCUUCUGGUACGCGACCUACGUGGUCGUCAGUAUCGCGUUGCUCAUUACCGCCGGCGUGUACUAUGUGAUGUGGGUCAACUUGAUUCCGAAGUGGAAGGGGUAUGAGAUACGGCCGGAGUUGUUGGUGCUGGAGGGUGGGGCGCAGGCGCACGCUUUGGUGAAGGUGCCGGUUGAGAAGCUUGCGGAGUGGGAUCGGGAGCAUGAUGAGGCUGGAGCGAGGGUCAAGACGGAUAGCGAUGAUAAUUCCGCGGAGAAGUUCUAUGACGCUCCGGAUCCGAAGGCUUUGGGCGCCUGA